AUGGCCGCCCCCACCUUGCUCUGCUCUGGUUCACAGCCCAAGGACCCCGGGUUAGAAGAGUCAAAAGUUCAAGGGGAAGUGCCCGACCAGGAGGAGCCCGAGCAGCCGGAGAUCUUGCCUGAGUUCGUGAUAGUUGAAGACGACGAUGACGACUACUACGGCUACCAUGAAGGAGGCUGGGUGGACACUGAUACUGAGGAGGAGCCCAUGGAGCUGUCUGAGGACCACCUUGACGCCACAAGUGACAGCAAUGAGGAUGCUGCAGGAGAAGACGGUGCCGAUUCAGAUGCUGCAGGAGGGGACAAUGCUGAAGAUGGUAACGAUGACCCAGCUGCACCCGAUGGUGGUGACGAGGACCCAGAUGAUGAUCCAUAG